GUGUGGUAUCAGUAUCGCGAUGCGGCCUCUCCUGAUGUAUCAGCACGCUGCCAGUGUUACUGCAGGUGGCAGCACAGCCGCCUUCGCGGAGCCGUCAGAGCCGCUGUGCCGCAGGCGGGAGCUCUCGGGGCCCGAGACGAGCUAUGGAUACCAGACACACCGACUACUAAACCUGCCUCUUUGUUCUGAAGAGGUAAAUUCAGGUGAUUCAGGUUCGAGUUUUAUGACACUGACUGUGUUUUGCGUGUUUAGCCUGUCAGGCUACACGUCCGGGCUAGCGAGCUAGGCUAGCUAACGUUAGCUAACCGGCUAUCUGCCGUUAUUUAUCCGGUAAAAUCCCGAAUGAGUGAAGGGGAGAGUGCCGGUUCGGCACCUGCCGCUGGUUCAGAAGGUCCGAGCUCUCUCGGCGGUAGCGGCGCGGUGAGUUACUCGUACCACGACGCAGAUGAUCCGGGCGAGGAGAGCGACGCUGUGGAGGCGCUGGAGCCGCGCGACAGCGCCGGGAGCCCCGCAGAGGCGAACGAGGACGAGGCGCUGAGCGGCGAGAACGCGCCCAAGAAGUGCGUGUACGACGGCUGCACGGAGACCACCAAGCAGGUGGCCAAGCAGAGGAAGCCGUGGAUGUGCAAAAAGCACCGCAACAAGAUGUACAAGGACAAGUACAAGAAGAAGAAGAGCGACCAGGCCAUGUCAUCCGGGAAAUUAGAGGAGGGCUCAGAGGAGAGGCCAGUUUCUGUGACUAAACAACGGCUCGGAACCAUGGGAGAACGUCCAGCAAGGCCUUCCCUAAUAGAGCAAGUUUUAAACCAAAAGAGGCUGUCUCUCUUGAGGAGUCCAGAGGUCAUCUGUUUCCUGCAGCAGCAGCAGCGCCUCCUGACCACCCAGGCUCGAGCUCAGAGUCAGGACUACUGACCAGUCUGUCUGCGUGUCCAGCACAACUGACUUAUAUAUCAUAGCGGGGUUCAAAUAACCAGACUAUUACAAGCCUGUGACGAUUAAGCUUAUUCGGCUUAAGGGAACAUGAAGAUUGUGAAGCUGUCGUUACAUCAGUGUCUGAUAUGAAGAACCUUCAGUGUCUCUGAGGACUCUGUGAUAUGACGUGAAGAACUAGCCAAGUCAUUAUCAUGACCAUCGUCAGUAGUGGAUCUACUGCAUAGAAUGCUUUUUCAAACUACCAGUGUUCUCUACAUCACGUACGCCAAUAUUUCUAAAUAUUUUAUUAUGCAUUUCUAUUUGUGUGUCAUUUUAAACCAAUUAUGUAAAUUAUUAGAGGGCAGCUGCGUCAUAAAAUCAGUAGUCACUAGGCUUAAACUGAACCUAAAGGCUGGGUUCUCAGACUAAGGCUAGUGUUAGAGUAAAAUCAUUUUAAAAGGGGAUUCACCACUGAAACUACAGUAUUGUCGAAGACUAAAGACUAGGCGUAAUCCAUGACUGGGAACCUGGGCUUUAGGGUCUGUUUAAGCCUAAUCAUAGACUACACAGCAUUCAGAUAGGAAAGUGUAGUUCAAGGGCCUCAUUCAUUAAAACAUACACUAUAUGGACAAAAGUAUUGGGACACCUACUGGAGCUUUUAUGAAUCCCUUCAAUAAGGAGUUGGUUCCCCUUUGCAGCCGUGACAGCUUCCACUCUGCUGGGAAGCUUCCAACAAGAUUUUGGAGUGUCUGUGGGAAUUUUUAUUCAUUCGUCCAUAAGAGCAUCUGUGAGGUCAGACUGACGUUUGACGAGAGGGCCUGGCUCACAAUCUCCCUUCUAGAUCAUCCCAAAGGUGUUGGAUGGGGUUGAGGUCAGGGCUCUGGGAGGGCCAGUCAAGUUCUUCCACACCAAACUCACCCAGCCAUGACUUUAUGGAGCUGGUUUGAGCACUGGGACUCAGAAAAGGUUCUUCCCCAAACUGUUCCUGCAACGUUAGAAGUGUAGAAUUGUCCAAAAUGUCUUGGUGCUGAGGCAUUAAGGUUUCCCUUCACUGGAACUAAGGGUUCUAGACCAACCCCUGAAAAA